GAGAGCACUUUUCUCAUUUAUGGGGUCAAAGUUAGUAACAGACCGAAUGCCAAAUGGCUGCCUCGUUCGUUAGAGGCGCUUACCUAUAUUUACCCACUCUUGUCACAAGCCGAACGUUCUUUUCUCCAAGGACGAACAGGUUAAGCUUCUGGGGUCAGCAGCAGAAGAGACGAACGACGAAAACAAUAGUAAAAAUGUCCUCAGCAGCAGAGAAAUUUGAGGGGCGAUCGGGGAAGACAACUGCGCCAUAUGGCUCAUGGAAGUCGCCACUCUCAGCAGAGAUUGUAUCGGGAGCAGGCAAGCGCCUCGGAGAUGUUGCCAUCGAUGGGGAAUGCCGCCUCAUUAUACUCGAAGGUCGUCCUGCUGAAAACGGGCGGUCAGUUUUAGUAAGGGAGGCUGCAGUCAAGGGAGGUCCAACAGAAGUUAUUACGCCUGAUGGAUUUAAUGUCCGUACGCUGGUCCAUGAAUAUGGCGGAGGUGCAUUUACUGUCUCAGGAAAUAUUAUUGUAUUCUCCAACUACAAGGAUCAAAGACUUUAUAAGCAGUCUGUCAAAGGAGAUCAAUAUCCAGUUCCACUUACACCAGAUUAUGGAGGGCCAACUGUUUGUUAUGCGGAUGGAGUGGUGGAUUUGCAUUUGGACCGCUAUAUAACUGUGAGAGAAGAUCAUCGAGAAAGCAAGACAAAUCCACCUACAACAAUAGUUUCCGUGGAGCUUAGUGGGGAUCAAAUAAAAGAGCCAACUGUAUUGGUCAGUGGUAAUGAUUUCUAUGCUUUCCCCCGUUUGGCACUCGAUGGGAGAAGGAUGGCAUGGAUUGAAUGGAGUCAUCCAAACAUGCCUUGGGACAAAGCAGAGCUUUGGGUUGGCUACCUGUCUGCAGAUGGCAAGAUUGAGAAACGGGUCUGCAUUGCUGGAAAUGAUCCAAAUUUGAUAGAAUCCCCAACUGAACCAAAGUGGUCACCACAAGGAGAACUUUUCUUUGUGACGGAUAGGAAGAAUGGGUUCUGGAAUUUGUACAAAUGGGUGGAGUCAAAGAAUGAAGUGCAAGCCUUGUAUCCUUUAGACGCGGAAUUUACAAGGCCAGCAUGGGUAUUUGGUAAUAGUUCUUAUGCUUUCAUCAAGAAUAAGGGACAGGAUAACUACAUUGCAUGCACGUACAGGCAAAAGGGGAGGUCCUAUUUGGGAAUUCUUGAUCAUACUCUUUGUUCCUUGUCCUUAGUUGAUAUUCCUUUGACAUAUCUCAGCAAUAUUAUCUCUAUGGGAAGUAUUUUGUACGUUGAAGGCUCAUCGCCUAAACAUCCAACGUCUAUAGCAAAGGUUGCUUUUGAAGAAAAUUGCCUUGUAGUGAAAGAUAUGUCUAUAAUCUGGAAAUCGUCUUCUUUAAGCAACACGGAUUAUAAUCCAUUUUUUAGCUCACCAGAACUCAUUGAAUUUACCACGAAAGUACCUGGACAGACAGCAUUUGCUUAUCUUUAUAUGCCUGUAAACAACGAUUACCAAGCUCCUGAAGGAGAAAAGCCACCACUACUUCUAAGGAGUCACGGGGGUCCAACAUCUGAGGCACAAGGAGGAUUGGAUUUGGGAAUCCAAUAUUGGACAAGCAGAGGGUGGGCAUUUGUUGACGUCAACUAUGGAGGGAGCACUGGUUAUGGCAGGGCAUAUCGAGAAAGGCUUAUUGGCUCCUGGGGUGUUGUUGAUGUUGAUGAUUGUUGUAGCUGUGCAGAGUUUCUGGUGACUACUGGGCGAGUAGAUGGGGAGCGGCUAUGCAUAACGGGGAGAUCAGCUGGAGGCUAUACAACUUUGGCUGCACUUGUGUUUAGGGAAACAUUUAGAGCUGGGGCUUCUUUAUAUGGAGUUGCUGAUUUGUCACUGUUGAAGGCUGACACUCACAAGUUUGAAUCAUAUUAUACUGACAGUCUUGUUGGUGAGGAUGAAUCAUUACUCUAUGAGCGAUCACCUCUCAAUUUUGUUGAUAAACUUUCAUGUCCCAUAAUCUUAUUCCAAGGAUUGGAUGACAAGGUUGUCCCACCUGAACAAGCACAGAAAAUUUAUUCAGCAGUUAAGGAGAAAGGAUUGCCUGUUGCCCUAAUUGAAUAUGAAGGAGAACAACAUGGCUUUCGAAAGGCUGAAAACAUUAAAUUCACUCUUGAACAACAGAUGGUCUUUUUUGCACGGUUGGUUGGAAAAUUCAAGGUGGCUGAUGAUAUUGUUCCUGUACAUAUAGAAAAUUUUGAUUAGUAAGUCUUCAAACACAUUUGGAAGUGUUGCUGGAUCAAUUCCUAGGAGCACUUAUGCGCAAUCUCUGGUUAAGGGACCACAAAAGUGAUUGAGAUCAAAUCCGUAUGCAUUGAGUUGUGAAGUGUAUGACUGCAAAUAUCUGCUUCUGGUUAUAUUCCAUAUAUUUUCAUAUAAUGCCCUACAUAUUUGGAAUUAGCAGCAUGAUACAAACUGUUGAAAUUAGCACCAACUCCAAUUGUAUAUCAAACACGUUUUAUUAUUCCAAAGAAGAAAUACCAGUCUUGACUACC